CUAUUGGCAAGUGUGUGUGUGUGUGUGUGUGUGUGUGUGGUUGAGAUUGAACGAGUUUCUUGCGCAAGAGUUAGCUUGCUCUUUGUGGUUUCAAAGAUGUUCUGAACGGGAAGUUGGGGUUUAGAGGCAAAGCUGAACUCACUUCCUGUUGGGCUCUGGGUGAGAACAGAAGCGUAGCAAUUCUCGUGUCCCCACACUUUACUUCGGGCCCUGGGCCUCAGCAGUUUCCUCCCUGCACCCAGAUCACACGUUUCGUUGCAGCAGUGCUGGCCAAGGGGUGCCUCUCCGCGCAGAACCUGGAAAAAAUAUUGGAGCGCAUCGGCCUCUGGAUAGCCUAGAGCCAUUUCGUCACGGAGAGCUGAUGGCACGGGGAGCAGCCAUGGGUUUAAGGAAGCAGAAGGUCUCCACGGCGUCGGAGGGCCUUUGAACAGCUUCUGCAGAGAGAGGACAGGGGGCCCAAUGAGCCCCCAGUGGCCUUGGGAGCAGAAGGAGACGAGAGCCACUGAAGGCUGAGCGCUCACACGCCUCGACACACAUGUCGCUCGCCAUGAAAGCCCGGCAGAAGGUGAAGCGGAAGGGACAGGCCAAGGAUCGGGUCUUUGGGUGUGACCUAAUAGAGCAUCUGCAGUUAUCUGGCCGGGAUGGUAAGUGAUUUGUCUUUUCGGAGGCCGGAAAUGUCUUUACCUGGUAGCGUACAGCAUCCAUUGCCCCCACUAGGAAAUGGUUUGAGAAAAGGGGUCCUGCGCCUCAAGGGUGGCUCAGAACACCUUAUUCGGCUUCAGUGGUCUUGGGCUGGGCGUCUAGAGGGGUCCCGCCAUCUCCUUCCUGGCUGGCUCCAAGCUCCACAAAGGCAUUGAGAACUUCAACAAAGUGCUUUGUAAAACCUUUGCAUUUGUGAGUAAGUUCUUGAAAUUGCAAAUGAGUGACAUUGACUGUGACACUGACACCCCCAAAACAAAACAAAAACUUGAUUGUUUUUUAUUUAUUUGAAACAUUUUCAAAACCACCCUUCAUUCAGUAGAUUCCAGGACAAUGUACGAUGGCAUAUUAUUAUAAUAUAUUAUAUAUUGUAAUUUUAUUUUUCCUCCGAAGGAGUCCAGGGUGAUGAUAUAUGGUUAUGCUAUUAUAUUAUAUUAUAUUAUAUUAUACUAUACAAGCACCUGAGUGGCUACAAAACUAUUAAUAACAGAAGCCAUUAAUCCUGGGGGAAAGCAUAACUCAGAGAUACAGCAUCCGCUUUGCACACCGAAGGACUCUGGUUCAAUUCCCGGCAUUUCCAGGCAGGAUUGGGUUUGUCUCUCUUCUGAAAUCCUGGAGAGACACUGCCAGUCAGUGUAGACAAUACUGAAGUAGAUGAACUGGGAGCUUGGCUCACUAUGUACCUAACCAAUUUAAAACACCUGGUCAAAUUAAAAACGUCUUAAUCUGGCACCAAAAAGAUUGCAAUGUCAGCACCUCCUUGGGGAGGGUAUUCCAAACUUGGGGGUGGGGUAUCAUGGAUUUGUUGGAACCCACACAGGAGACUCUGCUAUGGGUAUCUGUCUCCUGGUCCAUUAGCAACACACACAACCCCCCACAAGCAGUACCAAGGGGGGGGGGAGUACCACUCAGCAUGAUUUUGUGCCCAGUUUUCAUUUUUAAAAAAUAUAUAUGUAUUAUUUAUCUAGAAUAUUCAUGCCCUGGCAGGAGUGCCAGCUUGGCCUCGUGACUGUGGGUGCCCGGGGCCGCGGGUACCAUGCAGCGUGCAUGGGCCUGGCACUGAAAGUUGUGGGUGUCCGGCGCCUUCAAGGGGAAUUUUGUGGGUGCUUGGGCACCCAGGGCCUCAGGGAGUUGGCAGCUAUGUGCCCUGGCCUUUUAAUUCAACCCCUCUUCCUCAGAAAAGAAAUCACAGAUCAGCUUCUAAAAUGUGACUAUAAUAAAAAAUCAGAAUAUAUAUUUUUUAAUGAUCAGCAUAAAUGUAUAACUAAAUAGUAUAAAACAAAGGGUGUCUGAAGCAUUUUCAGAUAGUAAGAAUGAACGGCCAUGCUAAUCUCAACAUCCUUGUUCACUAAAAGCAGAUACAAAUGUUGUUGUUUUAACCUGGUGCCUAAAGAUAGAAGGUUUAACAUCUUCCUAUCUAGAAUGUCUUCCCUAGAAUGGCCUGGUGAGCCAAAUGGGGUGGACUGGUGGGCCAAGAGUGGCUCAUGGUGUAGAAAUUGCCCACUUCUGUCUCAGUGCAGAGAUGGACAGUCCUUUAGGUAUCCUGGUCCCAAGGUGUGAAGGACUUUUAAAGCUCAGAGCCAGAAUUUUGAAUUGAUCCCAGAAGUGGACCCAGAAGCGGACCAGAGCAGCUGGCCUGGCACUAGCAGACCCCCCCAACGAUCCCUAUUUUCCAGGGACAGUCUCGGAUUUACAGAAGCUGCCCCCGUUUCUGAUGUGAUCCCAGAACGUUCCCACUUUUCCUAAGGAUGUCCCUAUUUUCAUCGGAGAAAUGUUGGAGGGUAUGGUAGGACGUCCCUAUUUUCAUUGGAGAGUAUGGAGUUAUGUGAAUCCCGACUCAAGAAGAUACAACCUUUAGAAGACAUCUGAAGGCAGCCCUGUAUAGAGGUGUUUUUUUUUUAAAAAAUAACAUUUUAUUAUGUUUUUAUUUAUGUUGGAAGCUGCCCAGAGUGCAACCAAGCCAGAUGGGUGAGAUAUACCGUAUUUUUUCAUGUAUAUUUUGGGUUGUAGCUGGCAUACCAGCCUCACCUGGGCAAUGUAGGGAUAUAGGAAACAGUCUUGGGGUUUAUCCACACCUACCUUUCCUCCACUCUUUUCUUUUCUAUAUAUAACUUUAUUUAUUUUGUUUCUCAAAUUAACUUUUUACACUCACAUAUCCAACAUACAUCAUAAAAUCAAGAUUCCAUAGAAUCUCCUGGGCUUCCCUCAUCCCCUUUGUGGGUCCUAUUGUUAGUCAUUUCCUCCUGCAUCUUUUAUGAUAAUCCAAAUCUUUUACAUCUCCAUUAUAUCCAAAAUUCGCCAUGAAACUACAAGUGCCAUUCUAAUCCUACUAACAAUUUUAACUGUUUACUAUGAUUCUUCAGAUAAAUUAUAAAUUCCCCCAUUCCUUAUUAAAAUUCUGGUCUUCUUGAUUUCUGAUUCUUCUGGUCAUUUUUGCCAUUUUGGCAUAAUCCAGCAAUUUAAUCUGCCAUUCUUCUUGGUCGGGACUUCUUUCCAUCUCUGGGCCAAUAACAUCCGCGCAGCCGUGGUCGCAUACAUAAAUAAUCUUUUCUGCUCCAUUGGGAUUUCGGCACCUAGAAUUCCUAAAAGAAAGGCUUUGGGGUUUUUUAAAGAAUAAAUUAUUUUAAACAUUAAAAUGUUCUUCCACUCUUUUUCAGGCAUGAUUCACGCUUAAAGUUUCUAGGGCCAAGCAUUUUCUAUUUUGCCCCGGAGCUUUCCCUAUGCAAACUUGCUCUUUAAAGCUCAGUCAGAGGAAAUGGCAAGCCAUAGAAAACCCAGAUGAAUGUUUGCUGCGAUUGAGAGCUAAAGAGUGGGUUUUCACAGGGAAAGUUUGGCGCGGGGGGCGGGGAGCUGGGAACGCUCAGACAUGGAGCUUUUAAACACAGGCCUGUGCCUGGAAAGUGAAGAGCAAAAGUUAAGUGUGGAUAAGCCCUUAUACUAACUGAUUCCAACCAUAAGGACCUGUUGGAUCAGGCCAAUGGCCCAUCUAGUCUCAGCAUUUGGUUCUCACAUUGGCCAACCAGAUGCCUGUGAGAAACUAGUAAGAAGGAUCUGAGCACAUGUGCCCCCUCCCCUCCUGUGGUUUCCAGCGACUGGUCUUCAGAAGCAUUAUUCCCUCCCACCGACCGUGGAGGCACAGCACAGACAUCUGAGCUAGUAGCCAUCAAUGGCCGUUCUCCAUAUGUUUUCUCUAAUCCUCUCUUAAAUCCACCUGAAUUGAUGGUCAUCACUUCCUCCUGUGGGAGCAAGUGUGAAGAAGUACCAUAUUUUUCAGUGUAUAACACGACCCCUCUUUUUUGGGACUCCAAAUAAAGAAAUCCCCUGUAUGCACUAUCCGUGUAUAAACGACCCCCAAUUUUAAACUUGAAAAAAUAGGGGGGAAAUGUAGUCUUAUACACGGGAAAAUGCGGUACUUUCUUUUCUCUGAUUCUUCCGACAUUCUGCUUCAUUGGAUGUCCACAGGCCCUAGUGUCAUGAGGAAAUCUUUUCUGUAUCCACUUUCUCCAUGCCAGGUGUCAUUUUAUAAACUGUUGUCUUGUCGCCUCUCACUUGUCUUUUCUUUAAGUGCUUGGUCCAUCUAGCUCGGUGUUGCUUGCACGGACUGGCAGCAGCUCUCCAGGCAGAGGACAUUCCCAGCCCUAUUUGGAGGUGUCAGGGAUUGAACCUGGGGCCUUCUGCGUGCAAAACAGAUGUGCUACCCACUGAGCUAUGGCAAAAGGGGCUCCGUACCAAAGAGACAAUCUGUACCUCCAGUGUGUAAAAAUGGAUAAAAGGGUAUAGACACCUGUUCCUUCAGACAGAGGGCAAUCUCAUCUAAAACAGGGCAGGCAUCAUUCACCUGGCAGGUAAAAAAACCACCCUCAGCAGCACUGGGAUCUCUAUUGCAUCACCUGGGAUGAGGUUUUAGAAGCAAGAAGCAGCAAAGAAGCAAACCCCCAGUGGAAAACUCCACUCGAGUCUCUCUCUCUCUCUCUCUCUCUCUCUCUCUCUCUCUCUCUCUCUCUCUCUCAUGCCUCUGAGAUCUGUGAGCUGUCAGAUCAGGGGCUGGUAGGGUAUAAGACACACAGGAAGUGAGCUGUGGGGAGCAAGCGGUGUUCUGGUGUUCUUGUUUGAAUUUGCAAGGGGAGGGGAAGGGAAGGGAGGUGGCUCGUGCAACUUCCUUGUUUUGCUGGUCCAAUUUUGGCGAUUGCAUCAAUUAGGUGCUUGAGCAAGCGAGAAAAGACACAACAAGCAACAGUGGCAGAGCAUGCCGGAGGCUGCUUACUUAAUACUAUUAGUAGUACAGUGGUACCUCGGGUUAAGUACUUAAUUCGUUCCGAAGGUCUGUACUUAACCUGAAACUGUUCUUAACCUGAAGCUAAUGGGGCCUCCUGCUGCCACCGUGCCGCCCGAUUUCUGUUCUCAUCCUCAAGCAAAGUUCUUAACCUGAAGCACUAUUUUUGGGUUAUCGGAGUCUGUAACCUGAAGCGUAUGUAACCCGAGGUACCACUGUACUAUCAUUAUCAUUAUUUGCUUAUUUAUUGCAUUUCUAUUCCACCUUUCCCCCAAAGAGCUCAUACAGUGAUGGCCACCAACUUUGAUGGUUUAAAAGAGGAUCAGGAAGAUUAAUGGAGGAGAGGGCUAUCGGUGGCUAUUAGUUGGAGGCAGCAAUGCUUCUGAAGGCCAGUUGCUGGAAACCACAGGAGGGGAAAAGGCUCUUUGUGCUUGGGUCCUGCUUGCAGAUUUCUCUCAGGCAUCCUGCUGGCCACUGUGGGAACAGGAUGCUGGCCUAGAUGGGGCCCCUUUGGCCUGAUCCAGUAGGCUCUUCUUAUAUCCUUACAGCUUUUAUAUUGUCCUUCUCCUCCUCAUUUCAUCACCACGACAACCCUGUGAGGUAGGGUCAAGCUGAGAGGCAGUGACUGGCCCAAGGUCACCCAGUGAGCUUCAAAGCUGAGUGGGCAUUUCCACCCCGGUCUCUUCCAGGUCCUAGUCUAACUCCAUGCCCUAAAUGCCUGCAUACAUUCCCAGGGCUUAGGUGGAAGAAAACUUGGAAACGGUUAAGGCGAACAAAACGUCUUUAGUUGAGACUGUAAACUAUAGAAAAACUAGACAGCAAGUGCUUCAAAAGGACAGGUGAAGGUAAAGGUUAUCUGUUAAACACACAUACAAAAAUGCUGUAACCUUUCCAAAUAGAAAAGUUAGGCAAUCCUUGCCUAAUAUUUAUGUGCCCAUUUAAUAAGCAAGAUCCCUAAGCAUAAAACGCAGUCAGAUAAUUAGAACAAGAACAAGAAAAAUGCAUAUGCAACGUUAGAAACAAAAAAAAUACAAAGAUAUACACAAGUAAAAAUGGAGAAGCUAUCAGUAAAACAUUCAGUUAAAUAUCAGUAAGUCAUCAGCUGCGUGCUCAGCCAGGUCAAAUGGUCCCCUAAACCACCAAAGUCCUGGAGUUACUUCUCUGCAGGGAGCUUCAGUCCCCAAUGCAGAAGGUAUAAGUGCGUUUUUCAGCCCAAGAAAAAUUUGUAGGGAACUUAUAGCCCUUGUAUGGAAAGUCCCAGGGGGCUCAUGUUUGUGGUGGGCAGGGCUGGAAGCAUUAGUGGGCGCUGAAGAGCAGCUGUUAUGGCCGCUGCAUCUGCAUCCCUGUCUCAUCCACUGAGGAGGAGGUGCAGGGGAGAGACACUGAUGCAGAACAUGUCCCUAUUUUCAUCUGAGGAGUGUUGUGGGGUAUGGGAUUCUGAGUCAGACCAUUGGUCCAUGCAACUCAGUACUGUCUGCACUGACUGGCAGCGGCUCUCCAGAGUUUCAGACAGGGAGCCUUUUCCCAGCCUUGCUUGGACAUGCCAGAGAUUGAACCUGGCACAGGCUGCACUUCAAGCAGGUGUUCAACCGCUGAGCUGUGGCCCUUCCCUUUGUGUGUCUUCCCAUUGCCUAUUAGUAUUAGUAUUGUUAUUAUCUUCAUUAACAUACCACCCUCCCUCUCAGCAGAGCCCAAGGCAGUGAGCAGCAUAAUAACCGGUGUACAACAAUUGUACGCCAUAAUUUUACUGCCUCCGGGCAUGCCCAAAUUCAGGUGAGGCCUUUCCAUCAUUUGAUCUCCCUACCAAGAAAAGCUUCACUUGCUAAGUCUCUGCACUGCUGUUAAAGGCAGAGGAGCAGGGCACAUUAAAGCAGGUGGCAACCACAGCUGAAUACAGCUCAUCUCUCCCACCCAGCACCCAACAUUUUUAUCCCCUCUGCAAAGCAAAGCAUGUUUGCACAAAAGCUUUUGGGGAGCAGCUCUUGUCCGUGUGGGAGAAGCAGACCCCUGCUCUUGUUCUCCCAGGCUCCUGCAGGCCCUCUCUAGCAGAAGGACGGGAUAGGGUUUACACCGGGGGUGGUGUGCUCUUGAGCAAGCUCCCUUUAUGUCAUGACAUGCUCUAAUCCAGUCCUCUGGGCGCUGCAUGUGGGCCACUGUCAGGGUUUAUACAACCGCUCCGCUUUUCGGGAAAGCGUUCAAGGAAGAGCGAUAGGAGGUGUGUAAUGAGCACAAUUAGAUGGUAUCUGUUAAUGACGGGGCUGCUUUUGGCACACCUGGGCUGCAGCUUCGCAAUCAGGGGACAAUCAGCAGGAGCAGAUCUCCCAAAGACAAGGUGUCACUUUUCUAGGCACGCAUACCUGAGAUGGACCUUGCCGGUUACAUUAACAGGGUGGAGCUGCCAGGAUGGAGCUGGUAGAUUCCUAGGAAGCUCAAACCCUGCAGCAAUCUCACAGAUGAAAAUAAGGGCCUGCUUGAAACCUCCAUACCUUCCGUGGCAUUACCAGAGUCUCUAAAACUGAAGUUUUGGAAUGCAGCAACUCCCCUAUGAGGAAAGGUUGCAGCGUUUGGGGGCUUUUGAGUUUUGGAGAAAGGGUGAGUAAGAGGUGACUUGUUAGAAGUUUAUAAAAUUCUGCACGGCAUGAGGAAAGCUUUCCUCCCUCUCUCAUAACACUGGAACUCGUGGACAUCCAAGGAAGCGGAAUGCUGAAAGAUUCAGGACAGAGAAAAGGAAGUCUUUCACACAGGGCUUAAACUGUGGAAUUUGUUCCCGAAAGAUGUAGUGAUGGCCACGUAUGGCUUUAAAAGAGGAUUGGACAAAUUUGUGGAGGAGAAAACUGCUGAUUGCUACUAGACAUGAUGGUGAUGUCCUGCCUCCACAAUUGAAAGUGGUAAUGCUUCUGAAAAGCAGUAGCCGGAAAUGGCAGGAGAGGAGAGUGUGCUUGGGCUCUGGUCCUGCUAGUGGCAUCUGGUUGGCCACUGUGAAAACAGGAUGCUGGACUAGAUGGACCCUGGGUCUGAUCCUGCAGGCUCUUCUUAUGUUAUUUUGUUCCUCCUGUCUGCUGUAUCCAUUGACUCUGUAAUAGCCUUGUUGUCCAUUGAUCUAAUAGCCAGUACAGUGGUACCUUGGGUUAAGUGCUUACCGUAAUUCGUUCCGGAGGUCUAUUCUUAACCUAAAACUGUUCUUAACCUGAAGCACCACUUUAGCUAAUGGGGCCUCCUGCUGCCGCUGUGCUGCCAGAGCACGAUUUCUGUUCUUAUCCUGAAGCAAAGUUCUUAACCUGAAGCACUAUUUCUGGGUUAGCAGAGUCUGUAACCUGAAGCGUAUGUAACCUGAAGCGUAUGUAACCCGAGGUACCACUGUAGAAUAAUUGUUGUUUUGGUUAAAGAUGCAUUGGGAUGGCUCUUUUGAUUAUCGGUGCAUGUUAUCAACUGUCCAAAAAGCACACAGAUUUAGAGGCAGAUGCCCUCUAGCUGCAUGAAAUUAGGGAUGAGUUGAGCAGCUCAUCCAUGCAUCCUUUUGUGCCGUGUUUCUAUCUAGACACAGGUCCAGGUUUUUCCAGAGUUUAUUGUGAGGAAAAUGCUUUGAAAGCGGUAGCUCUGUGAGGUGAAUAGAGGCCUUCUAACCACUAUCAGAGCCUUUAACAAACUAAAGCUCCCAGGAUGCUUUGGGGGGAAACCAUGACAUGUUUAUAAUGGUGUCAGAGUGCUUUCAAUGUAUGGUAUGGCCUUGGCCCAGGUGGAAAGCAGGAGGGUAAGUGAGAGAGGCAGUUUAAAGUAGCGUCAUAGUGCUUUAAAUGAGUGGUGUGAACAUGGCCUGUGUUUAUUCAUGAAUGAGGCAAGGCACUUCUAAGCACAUGUUGCUGGGGAAGAAAUAGUGGGGAAGGCCCUGUCUGCAGUGGAGCAUAGCCUCUGGACAUCCCUGAGGGAUAAACAGCAGAGAACCUUGUUGUGGUACCUUAAAAAAAAAAAAAGACAUAUCAAGGUAUUAUUCCAAGAGCUUUCCUGAGAUAAAGUCCAUUGCAACAGAUCCAUGAAGUAAUAAUCUUCACUUGCAAGUACAGUUGCCUUGCAACUUAUACGAGGGUUGUGUUUUGGGGGCAGUGUCCAAAGCAACCCGUUUAAAAACCAUAAAAAGACUCACUGACCACCUCUGCUCUCUCUCCAAAGGCCGCUACAGAUUCUCUCUGCACCUCUGAAUGCAAAAGUAGAAGGAGGAGAGCAAAAAGCGGGGAAGGGCUGCGGCCUUUACAUCUAGACUAUGUCAUUUCUUGGAAGCGCAUUCUUAAAAACUGCUAUACCGUAACUUAGCUGAGAGCUUCAGUUCUCCUUCUGUGUGCAUUUUGCUUCCUGUCUCUGCUUCGGAAAUGAAAUCACCCAGGGACUCCACCCAGACAUCUACCCUUGAUGAGAGAGAGAGAGAGAGAGAGAGAGAGAGAGAGAGAGAGAGAGUCUCCACACUUGCCCAUUGCACAUCAGAUCUAUUUUGUUUCCCUAUUAAGUGUAGAUCUUGACAUUAGAGGCCCAGCGGACAAUGUUAACUGGGUUCCAAGCAUCUCCAAGCCUGCCCAUCUCUGACACUAGAAUGGACUUCUGAUUCAUUCGAGGUCCCCAUAAAAAAGCAAACACAAGCAAGUUUUCAGUUGGUUUGUAUACUGGUACCUUCCCUACUUCAUGAAGGAGCUAUUGCAGAUACGCAUAGGCCACUUCCUCCAGCUACUCAACGGAGCUAUGUUGUUUAAAACCAUAUGAUAUAAAACCAGCGUGAUAACAAAAUCAUGAAACAAAACUGCAAACAAUCAUGUUUUAAAACAGCCCUGAAUCUACUAAAUCAACCUGCCUGCAAAUCCCCCUGCCGCAAAAAUAAAGAAGUCCCAACAGAAAACAGUAAAAAGGCAGGCUUCUCGCCUCACAUGUAAUUCACCUCUUUCCUAUUUAUAUCCUCACAACAAACCUGUGAGGUAGGUUAGGCUGAGAGACUGUGAAUAAGCUAAAGGCCACCUAGUGAGCUUCAUGGCCAAAUGGGGAUUUGAACAUCGGUCUCCCAGGUCCUAGUCUGACUCUCUAACCACUGCGCCACACUGGCUAUAUUGCCCUUUCUGUCAGGGAUUUGGAGACUUUUAAAAACUGUUCAAUCUUAUUUUCGGUCGUAAACCUAAAUCAACUGGUGAAUAUUUAGACGGGGUGUGGGUUUUGUUGUCACUACUUAUCCCUGCAAUGGACUUCCCCCAAAGAAUUCUGGGAACUGUAGUUGCCCCUCAGAGACUUACAAUUCCCAGUGUCGUUAACAUCACCCAGAAUUCUUUGGGGGGAAAGUCAUGUGUUUUGGAUGUGCUUCAAAUGUAUGGUGUAGAGCUGCCCUGUGGCUGUCCAGAAUGGAGGUCCCAUUGGUGGUGGGCCCCAGGAGGCCCCACGGUCAGCACUGCUGGGUGGUGAUGAUGCCAGCUCUCCCGGGACCACAGCAGGCUCCCUUUCAGGGUGAUUUUGGCCAUCUGUCAAGAGGCACCACCAUUCCCCAGGCUGACUCUCAACCCUUUCCCAGUUCCUCAGGUUCUGAAGAGCUGCACGGAGUUUGUGGAGCAGCACGGAAUCGUGGACGGGAUCUACCGGCUGUCAGGAGUCUCCUCGAACAUCCAGAAGCUGAGGUAAAAGCCAGCUGGCAUUAUUCAUGUGUGGAACCCAUUGCGGGAAGAUGUGGUACUGGAGUCGCCAGCUUAGAUGGCUUUCAAAAAAGGAUUUUUUGGAAAUUUAUGAAGGAAGAGGAGCAGGGGGUAUCAACUGAUGGCUGUAAGCUGUGAUCCAUAAAUGGAACCUCCCUGCCCAAAAGCAGCCUACCUGGAAUAACAGUUUAAGAAUCCCUGACACAUGGCCAUCCAACCUCCAACAAUGGAUAAUCUACCACCUUCUGAGGGAGUCUAAUCCAUUGUCUUACAGCUCUCGCCAUCAGAAAGCUCUUCCUAAUAUUUAGCCGGGAUCGCCUUUCUGGUCAUUUGAAUCCAUUGGUUUGGGUCCUACCCUCUGGAGCAGCAGAAAGCAAGCUUGCUCCAUCUCCCAUGUGACAGCCCUUCAGAUAGUCCAGAUCUUCCGGUGUUACUAUAUAUUCCAUUGCCUUUUUCCUUCCUCCCCUUUCCUGGCCCUUUGCAGGUUGGAAUUUGACAACGACCGGGGCUCCCCUGACCUCAACAAAGACUUGUACCUCCAGGACAUCCACUGCGUGAGCUCGCUCUGCAAAGCCUACUUCAGGGAGCUGCCCAACCCGCUCCUCACCUAUCAGCUCUAUGAUAAGUUUGCUGUGAGUAUGGCUGACCUAGGGCAUAUUUCGCACUAAGGGCCUUCACUCUAGGGCAGGCCAAAGGCUGCAUUCUCUUCUGCGGAACCUUCCAAGAGCCAUAUGCCAAGGGCAGGUGUGGGCAGGGAAACAGAUUUAAAUUUCAGCUUUGAACAGUAGGCUAGUUUCUACACCCACCCAACUCUGCCUCAAACAAGAGUCAUGGAAUUUGAAAUAUACUCGGAGUCGAGUGUGGAUUUCAUGCUCUUUAUUCAGCUCAUAGUAGUGAGGAAUGAAAGUUUCCCCAAAAUAUCUGCUUUAUAUACAUUAUUUACACAAUGGGUCGCACGUGAUUGGCUAAUUCUGGGAUUCUCCUGUAGGCCAAUCAGGUUGCGGAUUCACUUCCACCUGGAGCUGGAUUGGGUGGCUCCUGUGGACCAAUCAUACUGCUGCAUUGUUCUAGGACCAAUCAGACAGCUGCAUUCUGGACCCUAUUGUUCUAGGACCAAUCAGACUGCUGCUUUUUGGAUCCUAUUCAACUCAGUACAUAACAGAAUUACAGUGUUGGAAGGGACUCCAGGAGUCAUCUAGUCCUACCCACCUCCCUGUAAGUCGUUAUCAGAGGUCAAGGACAGAUUCCAGCAAGGCAGAAGGAGGCAAAGCAGGGCCAGUGAGGGAUGUGGCUUGAGAGAGGAGGUGUGGCCUGGGGAGAUUCCCGAGGUCCAGACAGAGAGUCCUGAAGGGCCGCAUUUAGCCCCCAGGGUGUGAGGUUCCCUGUUCCCUGCCCUAAUACAUAUAAAGUGUUGCUUUGUUGUGCUCACCAAUACAGCAGUUUCCAAGGUUCAUGUGCUUUCAAUGUGCACUGGAUGUAUGGUGUGGAUCUGCCCUUAUUGUGUAUAGAUUUGCAUGCUACUCAUUGAAUCAUCAAAUUGUAGAGUUGGAAGGGACCCAAAGGCUCAUCUAGUCCAACCUCCUGCAAUGCAAUGGCAACUGUGGCUCAGGUCUGGCAGAUGACUGUACCCGAUAUCCAAAACCAUUUGCUUUCAACGUUUGGUAUUGCAUGGCAGGGUGGGAGGCAUGCUGUGGAAUUGAGCAAACAAAAUGGUGAGCUGAGUACCUCUCUCCCACUUCACCCAGGAUGCUGUGGCCAUCCAGAUGGAGGAGGGUCGGCUGGAAAAGAUCAAGGAUGUGCUGAAGGAACUCCCAGCGCCCCACUACAGGUACCUGCAAGGGCCAAAAAGCCCUUUUUCUGGCUCAAUCCUCAUAGCGUCUUUCGGUCUCGCACAUGUGUGAGAGCUCAGGACAUAAAAAGGAGUGUCCUGAUUUUUGUCCCCCUGUAGAUUGCUGAAUGCUAGUAUGGCUGGUAAAGAGAUUUCACAGUCCACUUCCUAUUGAUGGAUGCUGGUGGUUGUGAUUUCUCGUUCAGUUGACCCUCACUCUGUCCCGCCCCCCCCCCCCCAAAUCUUUGUUUUGGCUUUGCAUCCACCACAAGGACCUUGGAGUUCCUGAUGAAGCAUCUAGUUCACAUGGCCUCUUUCAGCUCUGAGACCAACAUGCACGUACGGAACCUGGCCAUCGUCUGGGCUCCCAACCUGCUCAGGUGAGACAUAGCAGCUUUUAUCAAACAAGUUCAGUUCUUGGUGAACCAUUAUUGACAGCAACUUUGUUUAAGGCAUGGCAAAGGGGAAUUGGACUGAAACAAAGGCAAAUUUGGAAAACUAGAUUUCUGAAUAAGGAGGAAGAAGAAUGGCCUGACAAUCAGGAGGUUCUUGCUCAACGAACGAGUGUCAGCAAGACCCACCACACCCACUCCCAACCUGUGCACCUCUGCCUCAUUAGGCUUCACUCCCUCUCCCUCUCUUCUCAGGUCCAAGGACAUUGAGUCGUGUGGCUUCAACGGCACAGCAGCCUUCAUGGAGGUCCGCGUCCAGUCCAUAGUGGUGGAGUUUAUCCUCACCCACGUGGAUCAGAUUUUCAAUAAUGUCCCUCUCUGUGGUAGGUCUUUGUGUGUGACAGACAAAUACCAUAGAAUCAUAGAAAUGUAGAGUUGGAACUUCUUGUAGUGCCCUCCAUUGCAAUACCCCUCCAUACACAUUCAGUACAUGGGCCUUGAGGGGAGGUGGGGGGGGGCACUUCAGCAGCCCUAAUGAACUUCCCAAAGAGCUUUCAGAAUUUGAGGACCUCCCGAGAGAGGUUGUGGUGACAGCAUAUGGUUUGUUUGUUUAUUUAAUUUAUUUAUUGCAUUUAUACCCCAACUUUCUUCCCAAGGAGCUCAAGGUGUUGUACAAAGUUCUCCUCUCCCUCAUUUAAUUCCCACAACAACCCUGUGAGGAAGGUUAAGCUGAGAGUCAGUGACUGGUCCACAGUCACCCAGUGAGCUUCAUGGCUGAGUGGGGAGAUUUAAACCCUGAUCUCCCAAUUACAGUGGUACCUCAGAAGUUGAAGUUGAGUGGGGAGAUCAGUACCCUGAUCUCCCAAGUACAGUGGUACCUCGGAAGUUCCAGAAUCUGUUCUGGAAGUCCGAUCGACUUCCAAAACAUUCAGAAACCAAGGCACAGCUUCUGAUUGGCUGCAGGAAGCUCCUGCACCCAAUCGGAAGCGGCAUCAGACGUUUGGGUUCCAAAGAAUGUUUGUAAACCAGAACAACUCACUUCCAAGUUUGCGGCGUUUGGGAGCCAAAAUGUUCGACUUGCAUGACGUUUGGGAUCCAAGGUACAACUGUACGAGUCCAAUACUCUUUAACCACUGUACCACACUGUCUCUCCUGCACUAAACUAGCUCUCUGGCUUUAUUCCUGCACUCACUUAAUUUUCUGAUGAUGCUGUUUUUCCUCCACUACUGCUAUAGCCGGGAGCCGUGAAUCUCUCAGGAAGUCCCUUCUCCUUGCGAGCUCACCGGUGACCUUUGGCGACGACAAAUACUCCUUUUCCUGCAAUAUCCCAGCUGCGCUGAACCAGGGGGAUGGCCCACCGCAGAUGCGACCCUACCACACCAUCAUCGAGCUCACCGACAACAAGUACACACCUCCCUUCCCUCUCUUUCCCCUUCCCAUGUUCACUUUUGUAUUUGCCUGCUGAGAAUUUCCAGAUUCUAGUUACAAAGGAUGGCAUCAGAUGCCCAUUUUGCAAAGCGACUACAACCAGAGGGCAUGAAGCCCAUUUUGUUGGCUGGGCUGCAGAGAAAAAGGCACAUCCCUACCUACGUGGUGGGCUUGCCCCCAGACUGUGCAACGUUGGUCACAGCUAUUCCAGACCGCUUCAUCUCCCAGCAAACUGCACAAUUGCCUUGGAUCCCUGAUUAUUUUAGCUGGUGUUGUUUUUCUUGCAUGAAUGAGAAUAGUAAAUCCAUGCACAGAGAUUUGUUGAUGCUUAUUUUAGCUGCAGCCAGACAGGAAACCCCUUUCCCUCUGCCCUCACUUCUGAGGACUUAGAGAGUCCUAAGGAUCCCAUUGGAAAUGGCUCCAGACACACGAUGACCGUCCUGCAGGCAAAAUUUAUAACCUCCAUUCCAAUUCUUCACAGAAGAAAAGGAUCCCUUAAGGCAAAGAAAUGGAUGUCAAUUUUCAACCUCGGCCGAUCCAGCCAUGAUGCCAAACGCAAGUUGAACAAGCCAGAGGACAAAGGUAAAAGGCUUAACGCUAAAGCUCAUUGUAACUGUUCAAGCAGACUAAGAGUUAAGUGUGCCACAUAUAUGGCCUGAAAGUGGGUCUUUCUGUCACUAUCUCGUUGAUUAUUUUUCCCAACAAAAGCGCCAAGUGCUGCAUUAUAGUGCAGAUCAAUGGUUCCCACAAAAUUUUGAGCCACUGUACCUUUGGUUCUAUACACUCAUCCCCAGUGCCCCCUGCCCUAUAAAACCAUUGUUCAGAAUAGAAGGACUAUAAUAACACAAUAAAAUUCAAAACAGUAACAAUUAAUUGCACAUUUAAUUCAAAAUGCAAUUAAAACUCUUUCGUUUAAUUAAUUCAACAAAAUGGAUGAACUCGAUACAGUGAUAGCAGCUUUUCAGAGUCUAAUACAGUGGUACCUCAGGUUAAGUACUUAAUUCAUUCCGGAGGUCCGUUCUUAACCUGAAACUGUUCUUAACCUGAAGCACCACUUUAGCUAAUGGGGCCUCCUGCUGCCGCCGCGCCGCCAGAGCACGAUUCUGUUCUCAUCCUGAAGCAAAGUUCUUAACCUGAAGCACUAUUUCUAGGUUAGCGGAGUGUGUAACCUGAAGCGUAUGUAACCUGAAGUGUAUGUAACCCGAGGUACCACUGUAGUCGUUUACACCUCUAGUACCCCCCUGCCACCCCUUUGCCUCCAGAGGGCAGAACCACCCACUUUGGGAACCACUUUGGUUGUAGAUUCCCCCAGAGCUUUAUUAAAGAGCUUUAUUAAAUAUAUGGGACCAUGAUAUAUGAGACAACUUUUUCUCUAAAGGAUUAAUUAUCUGGAUGUUGACUGCUAGAAUCUCUGUUAACACAACAAUGGAAGACACUAAAAGAUUUAAGCUUAGCACUAUGGUACAGUAUAAAAAAACAUCUGAACAUUUAUGUGCAAUGUGGUGAGACUUUAUAUCUUAUGUUUCAUCUGCCAACAUGCAAGACUCUUCAACGACAUCAAAAAUAUAAAUUUGGAUUGAUGGGAAAGGUCAGAAACCAGGAAGAUCGAGUAUUCUUAAAAGAUUGGAAUAACUUUGUAAUAUAUUUAAAAGACCUCUGUAAACAGUUGAAAACAUUGGCAGGGAUACAGUUACAGUUCUAUGAAAGAUAAAUAGCCACUUUUUUAUGCAUCCUGUGGUUCUUUUGGUUCAUUAUGUUGAUGUUGCUUCUUUUAUUUUGUUGCCUGUAAAAGGAAAAAAUAUAUACUAUUAAAAUUCAACUGAAAAAAGUUGGUUUUUUUUUGAGGCCCGGAUUUGGUUGGCUCAAUCCUGCCUUUCUGUUUCAGAUGACAAAAUGGGAAAGAUGCGUCUGCGGCCGGCCAAAAGCAUGGAUUCCCUCAGCUCCAUGCCAUGUGCCAGUGAUGGUAGGUGCAGAAAUCUCUGGGGUUGUUUACAUUUGCUGCUGAGGGCCUGGCUGGCUUUUGCCCCACUUCUAUUCCUCCUGGAGCAUAGAGAUGGAGGAGACAGAAGGACUUGGGUGUUUCACCAAAUCUUGGAAGGACUUUAAUCCUAAUAAUUUGGAUUGCUGGUAUUCAAGGGUUUGGCAGAUUCCCCUUCUUGAAAAGGUAUCUCCUUAAACUAAAAGUAUCUAAAGGGCAGAACUCAAUUUUUUUAACAUAUGACGUGAUUUCUUAUUCAAUUGAGGCACAUCGGCAUAGUCAAACGUCUAGCUCAUUUAAUACUAUAUAGAACCUUUAUUCUCCAUAAUGAUGGAAUUAACAGAUGGAUAAUACUUUUAUUUUCAUAUAUCCUUACUAUUUGUAAAGGAAAUAUUUUUAUGAGUUAAUACUUAAUUAUCCGUUUGGAGCUGUGCCGUAUCUUUGUACUUUUGUCCUUCCAGGCUGUGACCCUUUACAAUUUAAGUUUCAGAUCCUUUGCUUUCUUUCUUUAUGUUAUGUUUGCACUUUUUUUGGUUGACCAAUAAAUAAUAAUAAUUUUUAAAAACCCAGCAGCAUACCUAUUCACAGUAAUCUCAUAGCAAAUUCAUCACAGUAUUAAGGCUACUGGAAGGCAACCUUGGAAAAGGUUUGGGGCCCAGGCAUGAGGCCCUGUCUUUUGGGUCCCUCUUUGAUUCAGCUCUCUUCCUUUGUGUGCAGAUGACAUUCAACUGGGGAGGAAAAUCUCCCAGAAGCAGCUCACUCUGUGCCGUGAGAGUUUUGAUGGCCCGGCUUCUCUCGAUAACAGUUUCCUGCUGUCGGAGUCUGACGAGUAUACGGAGAGACCCAAGGCCGAAGAAGCACAAGGCGAGUCGGAGGGCGAAGCCACUGCCAAGUCGGAGCCCACCACCCCAAAAGCCAGCAGGUCCAGCCUUGUUGGGGUGGCCCCUCAAGGGCGAUCCCCCAAAACUGGGCGCAACCGCGCAGAGAAGUGCGCCGGCGUCCACAUCUCUGGGCCUUUCUCUGUCACGGUCCCGUUCCACAUCACUUCCAACCUCACUUUGUCCCGGCUAACCCGGGGGCUCGAGUGCCCUGCCCUGAGCCACUGUGCCCUGGAGAAGGACCCUUCUGAGACCUCUGAGGCCAAAGAGGACGAGCCUUCUAAGCAGAAAGAAACUGAGGAGAAGCUGGUGCCCGACCUCACAAACAAGGAAGAUGCUGGAGGUAAGUAUCUCCCCACCAUUUCUUCCAUCUACAAGCUGCCUUGGUGGUAUAGACCAGGGGUGUGGAACCAUUUUUGGCUCCAUGGGCCAGAUCCUUAUCAGAAUUGGCUCCUGAGCCAAAUUUGACAGAGUUCUCCCUGCCCCCCCCAACCUUCAUUUUACCAGGCAGGGGUCUAUGCAAGCCCCCUACUUGAAUCAGGAAAAAGUAUGCAUGGAAUCCUGCAGGAUUGAAGCUAUGCCCAUCAGCUGAAGAUCAGCUGUCACGAGUGGUGUCAGCUGAUAGGCAGGUGAGUGUGGUUUGAGCCAAGAUGGGCCUGCAGGCUAGAGGUUCUCUACUCCUGGUGGCACUUGGGCCUUGUUGCCAGAUUCCCCAGUUUGUGCCCACUGGCGCAUUACACAGCUGCAUGAAGAACCAUCUUCUCUUGCAUGAAACCUGCCCAUUCCUUAACAUCACCCUUUUGAGGCUGUGCCCCAGAUGCCCCCCAUUUCAGAAGUUAAACAGAUGACAGCAGGUGAGAGGGACUUUUCAGUGGUGGCACCCUUCUUGACCUGGGAACUGACCCUACUUACAGUUGAUACGUAUUCCCAAAAUAAUACAGAUGAACACCUGAAAUGUGACAUAUUUAAUCAACUAGAGGAAUCUUAGCUGAUUACCUAUAUGAAUCUUCAUUGAUUCAUCAAAUAAAUUUGCAAAAAUGUGUAUAUAAUAAAUAGAAUUGAUUGUAUUCAACUAAGCUCUACACAUAAUAAAAUUAAUGGGCAAAUGUUAACCAUGUCCAUUAAUUGCUACUUCGAGUAUGGCUAACACGGGAUGCAACCCAAUAGUUCUAACUUACUAACUUACUUUAUUUUUAAGUGAUCCAGACUAGGGUCAAAACAAGUACCCCCCCUUUCUCUCAUAGGGGAGGUAGGUGUUGUUUUUUCUUCUUCCUAAGAUUGUGCUCACCAUCUGCAGUUUUCCUAAAUACUUGCAUUACAAAGAACUUGGGGCUCACCAAGGAGCUAUUCCCUGUCGCAAAGAACUGACUUGCUCUUUGCUUCUUCUUCUUCUUCUUCUUUUGCUUCCCCUUAUUGAAACAGAUGCAAAGGCAGGAGGCCUGUCUGAUUCGGAAGAGAACCAGAUGUCUUUGGAGGUCCAGGACUCCUUCUCUUUCCUGGACAGCCAAGAUGCCUGGCUGGGUGAAAGCAUGGAUGGAGACCAGCCCCGGAAGAGCACCAGCAUAGCACCUGAUUUUGCAGGCAGUGGUGUGGACAGUUCCCCACUCACGGAGGACGACAUGAGCAGUGGGUUCAUGAAUGAGAUGAUAGGAGGCGGGAUGGAGGUGAGGUCCAUGACUAUGUCACCCAAAAUCUUUACCUAGUUAAAAAUGCAGGUGCUCUUCCACCCCAUCCUUGAGUCUCUGUCCUAGCAGGAGCUGCACAUCAGCUCCUACCUGACCAUUUUGGCAGCUCCAAGGUGGGAAGGGAGGGAAGAAAGGAGUCCUUUGGAGCUAGACAACUCCUACAAUCUCUAUAAGCAGAUACAGACAACAAUGCAUAGAGCUCUGUGGGGGUGGGGAUCCAUUAAUAUAAAAUUAUGCUGCAGAAAUAAAGUACAGGAUGGGGGUUGACCCUUUUAUACAUAUUAAGUGUGUUUUUGGCAUAUAAUCUUGCAUAUAAUGGAUGGGGCUAUUUUUAAAAGAUGUAAGUGAGUGCUCAAUACCAUAGGUGAUCCAAAGUGAGCAAAGUCCAGGACAGAUAAAACAAAGGACUUCUUCAGGCAGUGCAUAAACUAUGGAACUCCCUCCCACAGGAGGUAGUGAUGGCCACCAACUUGGAUGGCUUGGAAAGAGGAUUGGACAAAAUUCAUGGCUAUGCUUCACCUCCAGGGUCAGAGGCAGCAAAGCUUCCGAAUACCAGUUGCUGGAGGCCACAGGAGGGGAGAGGGUUCUUAUGCCUGGGUCUUGCUCAGGGGCUUCACAGUGAGACAUCAAGUUGGCCACUGUGAGAACAGGGUGAUGGGCUAAGUGGACCAUUAUUAGCAUGAUUCAGCAGGGCUCUUCUUAAACGGGUUGGAACCGCCAAACAUUCAUCCAUUAUUUAUUUAUUUAUUUCAUAAAAUUUAUAUAUUGAUAGUAGGAAAAAAAUCUCAAAGCAGUUUACAAACAAGAUAAAACAAUGAAAUUACAACUAAAAAUUUACAACUGUAAUUUAAAACAUACAGAAAAUUAAAGCCACAGUAGAAUAAACUAAAACACAUUAAAACUCAUACAAAUUCCAGCCAUAAAUCCCCUUUAAACCCAGUACAGUAGUUGGAUUUGGGCACAUGGCGUGUUUUAAGUAAGUUUUUAUUUUACUUUUUAAUUGUAUUGGUUUGGGGUUUUGCUGCCCUGGGCUUUUUUUGGAAGGGAGGGCAGGAGAGAAACGUAAUGAAUAAAGAAACAGGCAGUUUCUUAUGCUCCCUUCAGCCCCAGGCAACACAGGCCUGGGGCUGAUGGGAGUUGUAGUUCAAAGAGCCUUGCUGUCUGGUGCCUAAACAUAUGGAGAAAGGGAGGUUGUUCUGUGUGUUUGCUAUAUUCAUUAUUUUUAAAAGGGUAACUGAGAAAAAGAAAGACGUGUGUGUUUGAACCAAAGAGGAGCCUUAUUUAAAACUCUUUUCUUUCUCUACCUCCAGCUGGAGAUGUUUUCAGCUGUUUCACCACUAGAUUACCUGUCCAUUGAGGAGUGUAUGAACGAGCACUCAGAAGAGGAAGAUGACCAAUAUUAUCUGGCUGUGGGAUGUUCAGAUGGCGAUGAGGUUUCUAAGGAGGUUGACAGUGAAGAGGUCUACUUGAGUGCUUUUGAUGACCUCAGCCCCUUAGCUGGCAAAUUGCAGCAUUUCCAGCAGCCAGAUGAAGACCAGGCUCUUGAUGACACCUGUCUUCCGAGGAGCACGUUGGAUGAUCAGCCCUUCAGUCUGGCUGGACAGCCCUCACCUGAAGACCCAGACAGCUCCCAUCUCUUUGAAGUUGGCAGGGAGCCUCUCCUGGAUGACCCUCCAGUUCACGACUUCAGGUUAGACAAUUCCCAGCUGGAUCCAGCUUCCGCCAAUCCAUCUGAAGAAGAGUUGCAGGCCUUCCUGGAUUCUGGUAGUGAUUUCAGUCAGUUGGAAACACUCAUGAAGGCUGAAGCUGAGACCAUCCAGGUAGAUCCUGACUUGGCAGCGUUGCAGAUGGAAGGUGUAAACGCCAGAGGUGAAGAUGACCUGCUUCUAGGAACAGGGUGCUUGAUGCAUGCCAGAUGCCCUGAUGGAAUUCCAGAAAACCCGGUGCAAAGAUCUUCGGUUCAAGAGAAUCAAAACCAUGCAGUCCAACCGAGCCUUGAAAAUGAGCGGGAACGACACAAUGCAUUAGGCAUUGAGCAGGUUGCAAGAUCUCCUUGCAUCCCCAGCAUGGAGGUAGAUGGAUCUACCUUGGAGGUGGAUGGAUUGUAUGACUGGCACCCAGACUACGAGUUCCCAUUUCAAGCGGCAGAGCAGCAACAGAGGGGAGAGACUGCUCUUCAUCCUCAGGCAGCAGAAGUUCUUUCACCCCCGGAUUUGCACAGAACUCCACUUUCCUCUUUGAUGGACAAUUGCUUUGAAAAUGCUUCUUCCGAGACGUCUCCAAUGCUUGCGCCGAGUCUUAAGCCAGAUGCUCCACCUGAGAGAGCCCCUCCUGGUGGCUCCUCGCCUGACAAUUGCAAUGGGUCUGAAGCCUCGUCGCUCAGGGCCCCUUCUCUGCAGGGCUGCCCAGAAAGUCCUCCACAGACACCACCACAUUCAAUGCCGGCGAAAGCCUCCGAUGCUCUCAAGCACGACCUCUCUGACGGAAGCGUCUCCAUGAGGUUGACCUCACAUGCCAUCAGAGUGCAGCAGGCGAAAUCUUUCCCAGUCGUGCCUCCGAAACCCCAGUUUGCCAAGAUCCCUCCAGCCUUAAUGCCAAUAUCUCCAACCAAGGAAGCCUCCCUCACGUGGUGCAGCCCACCUGUCCCAGAAAAGAACUGUAGAAAUGGGAUAAAAGAGGGUCCCAGCGAAGGCUCUCUGCGCAGGCCCCUUCGCCCAGCCAGCCUGGACGUACAUUGCAGCACCCCAGAUAGCAGUGAAAAUGUAAAAACUCCCCUGGCUGUUUCCAAGCUGCCCACCUCUCCAGGUAACUGUCUUGGAGAUUCAGGGGCCCUCCGGAAGCAGCGGAAUUCCAUGCCUGUGAGUUUAGAGAAAUAUGACAGAGAUUACGAGAGCAGAGGAGCAGACGCGGUCCCAAAGCUACUGCACUCCCCACUGGACAAAUGCAGCCUUUGGCCCAAGAGCAGUGAUGAGCUCCCUAAUACAAAGUGCUCUCUGCUAGAAAGUUUGGAUAAACACAGCAGCAGCACUACCACCGCCAGGGGUGAAGAAGGGAAGGGUGAGCCCUCCCAAAAGCAACUUCCAGCGCCUCUAUUGCUUGGUGAGGCUGGUGGGGCUGCUCCCCAGAAGCAGAGAUGGGCCAGCUGGCGCAACGGGAACAGCAUGUCGUUUGAUGAGGCGGUUGCUCUUGCCAAGGAGAGACACGUGGGCCAGGCCCCAGUGAGGAGGAUGCAGACCUACUGUUUUGGUGAUGUGGAGGGGCUGUAUGGCCCUCCCAGAACAGAGAAGCCACCCCCAAACCCUAAGCCCGCCCUGAAGCCUCUGGGGCAGCGGCCCCUGAGACCCCUGUCCUGCGCAGGCACAGCCGCAGAUGCCUUUGUCCCGGGGAAGCCGCUUCUUGCUCCAGCGUUGCCUGACAUCAUCCCAGAAGGCCAACUCUCUCCAAGCCUGGAAGCUCUGUCCCUUCCUCAGGAUCUCCCGCCAAGGAGAAAACUGAGCUUGACGAAGGCAGGGCGACGUGCGUCCAACUCGGAAGAGGUGCUUUUAGCAGCACAGCAGGAGCGGAGGUGAUUCGCUUUGGCAGCUGGUUCCCAAAUCUGGCCUUCAACUGUGCUGCCUGGUGCUGCUGGGACCUUGGACUUCUGCACUGAUGUGGCACCUCCCCACCCACCUAAUCAGGACACAAAGGACUGAAGAAGAGUCUUGCUGGAACAAACCAACGUUAGCUAAGAAUCAUCUGCUUCAAGCAGAGAUCAGCCAGAAGUCCACAAGCAGGGCCUGAGAAAGCAAGAGCUGCAGGAGCCGCACCCACGGGUGAUACAACCAAGGGCAUGUCACGUGGGUGCUGCAAACUGGGGUAGCUGCUCAGAUUUGAGUCCUGUGCGGUAGGUAGGGUGGUAGAUAGCGAUGUAGGAUAAAUGCUAUUGUGAGUGAGUAGGCUUAAAUCGAUGCAACGGAAACGACUAAGAGAAAAGAAAAGAAAUACUGUAAGUUUACCAUUCUGAAAUGUGCGUAUCUUCUGUGCAGGCAGGCAUCCCCUUAACUAUUAACACAUAUUGGAUGGUUGCAUAUAAAGCUCCCCUUUAAUCAGUCUUAGCUUCUCCCAAAGAAUUCUGGGAAGCGUAGUUUGUUACGGGUGCUGAACGUUGUUAGGAGGCCUCUAUUCCCCUCACAGCAGUACAAUUCCCAGAGUACCCUGUGAGGAGGGAAUGCCAGUAAAAGAACUCUAGCCUUGGGUGGGAAUAGGGGAUUCUCCUAACAGCACCCUUAACGACUACAGCCAUGUUCUGUUGAAAACUGUAUCAUGGUGCUUUAAAUGUAUGGUGUGAAUGAGGCCGAAGUAGAACUGUUAUAUAGCCUACAUCCCACUCGGCUUUUACCCUGAAGGCCUGAAUGUACUUAUAGAUGCAAGAGACAAAUUUCUGUUUAGCUCUCUCUUUAAACAUGGAAGGAUACUGAGCGAGAUCACUGCCUUGAAGGUUGAGGCUGUCAUAAUAUUUUGCAUACUUAUUUGGAAGGAAGUCCUGCUCAGCAAUGAGAGACUUACUUCUAAGUAUAAACAUACAUAGGAUUUUGCAUGUAGACAUGCACAUGGGAUCAUGUAUGUACCUAGAGGCUCUCAAACGUCCCAGAAGCAAUGAGUGACAGUUACCAGACAAAACAUUGUUUCUCCACUAUGAAUUGGAAAAUAAAUGUCCAUGCUGUUUGGUUGGUAGUAAUGAAUAUUUGUAUGUGGCUACCAUGAUGCUGCACUCAAGAAUUUGCAGAACGUAAUAUGGGGACACAAGAUCGCCCACAUGGGCUUUGUGGAUGACACAAUAUCCUGGAUCCUGGUACUUGGGGUGGUUUGUUAGUCCAGCCUUUACCAACCUGGGGCCCUCCAGAUGUUUUGGACUACAGCUCCCAUCAGCCCCAGCCAGCACUUGGAUACAUGGUGGCUGGGGCUGAUAGGACCUGUAGUCCGGAAAUAUCUGGAGAGCUCCAGAUUAGCAAUACCUGUGUUAGUCCCUCUUUCCAGUAGAGAGCCCAAAGGAAUAUUGUUACAUGAACUUUAUUCACUGGCCCAAUAUCAGUAACGUUUUAUCUCAGAAGUCCAGAUGUCUUGCCUCAUGAUUCUCUCUUUUACACAGGAAAAAAAAGCAACAGUCUUUAACUCAAUGCAUUUUCAUAUUCAGAUGUUAAGUGCAGACUAUACUCGGUUUGUGUGUAUUAAAUUCAGAAAGCAGAGCAUUUG